AUGGAUCAACACCAAAACCAAAGAAUUAAAAAAGUGCUCGAAUGCGAUACAUUAUUAUUGUUCUUACAAAAUUCAUUCAAAGAAGUGAACGGGUCUCGUGUUAUUAACAUAAAAACUUGGAUCAGGAACGUGCUUGUCAAAUACGAUAAAAUUGCCAAAAACGAUAAAAUUUCAAAAACACAAGACGUUAGUUUAUGCAUAAACAAAUAUUUUAAUUUUAGAAUUCGUUUCAGAUCUUGUAUCAUAACCAACUUGUUGAAUCGUACCUUGACGACCAAAACAGAUCCAAAGACUCUUCAAUAAUGUUCGGAUUGACCGUUGUGUGUUGGAAAACAAGAGAUUUCAGAGUGGCAUGCCAGUUAGUGUGGGGAGCCGCGAACACGAAAUUGAAAGGUUAAAGUUUUCAAAACUCCUCGUUCUUCCGAAAACCUCAUUUUUUUUCCUAAAACCCUUUUUUUCCGUUUAGAGCCGACAUUUUCGCGUAAAAAUCUCAAUUUUCAUUAUUUACAAUGUAUUUUUUUUUAGAACUUAUCUCAUUUCACGAAUUACGGGUUUCGCUUAAUUCUGAUGAUAGCUACCGUCGAUUCGCCUUCGCUUUAUCAAUGCCGAUAGGAAAGAAUUAUGCAUGUUUCGAAAGGUGAGUGCGCUGGAAGCUGAGAAUGGGCCCCGGACAAACUAUUUUUGGGAAAGCGUGUUUCCAUAGGUAGAUAGUAAUUUAUAUUGUAGAUAGUAAUUUAUAUUGUUCAUUUCAGCGCACAUUUUGCUUUCUACGACGAUUCUUAUAGAGAUUUUGAUUUGAAAAUUGUGAUGGAUGCAGCCUUCGAAUUUAUUGAGCAACUGAAUGCCUUUCAAAUCACGGAUGAGAUUAGAUUAAAUUUAGAGUCAUCUAACUUCAAUUAA